CGUCCGAUACUUCGGGUACCGACGCACUUUCUGCCAAGAGACCGUCGAUGGCCAGUAUGUGACGUUUCAUACGGUUCGCCGUGGGAUAUCCGCGAUGGUAUAUGUACAAGGUUCACGACCAUGAACGCGUGCCGCAAGUCCUGGAUAGAUACUGAGGCGGCCAUCACAGUGUCGUCUGACUACGGGGUGCAGCAAGACGACAUCUACGUGCCCGAGUCCAUGCGCCAGUGUGUGCAGAUCGAUAGCAAAUUUAUCUUGGCCACUAAUGACGACUCGCUGUCAUGCGUUGCUGACAACGACGGUCACCAGUGCCGCACCUACAGCAGUUAAUCUCAAUGCAUAUACGCCGUCGCCAAGAAAACGCUUCCGAAGUUGAUUGCGUACGACAACGAGCGCGUUGAGAAAAAAUUGAACUUUUACGCGAUCUAUUACUAGGCAAUAAAAACUCUCAGUAACCAUGGACAAAGUAAAGGCGCUCUGUGAUUCACA